GGAAAACCGGAAGUAGUCAGAGGAUACAGGAAACGGUCCCUGCAGACAAGCUGCUAUAAACUGACCAGGUGCUGAUCGAUCCAGUGUUCCUGUCUGCCCCCUCAGGCCACCAUGUCUCGUGCCCGUCAGCCCCCGCUUGUCACAGGCAUUUCACCCAAAGAGGGUGCGGCCUGGACCAAAGUCACCAUCCGUGGAGAGAACCUGGGCACGGGCCCAGCUGACCUCAUAGGUCUGUCGAUCUGUGGCCAUAACUGCCUGCUGACAGCCGAGUGGAUGUCAGCCAGCAAGAUAGUGUGCCGUGUGGGUCCUGCCAAAGACGACAAGGGAGAGAUCAUCGUCACAACCAAGUCUGGAGGCCUCGGCACCUCCACGGUCUCAUUCAAGCUGCUCAGACCAGAGAGGAUCGGUAUCCUGGACCAGUCUGCCGUGUGGGUGGAUGAGAUGAACUACUACGACAUGAGGACAGACCGCAACAAAGGCAUCUCCCCCCUUUCCCUGCGACCCAGCAAUCCACUGGGCAUCGAUAUAGACAAAGGCAAAAUCCCACAGAGUGACAUGGAGCUGACAUUUCCAGGAAUGAGUGGAGACUUCACCAGUGAGAACUUCUCCGCCACCUGGUACCUCAUAGAAAACCAUGCAGGAUCCAGUUUUGAGCAGCUGAAGGCUGCAGCCACUAACCUGAAGAAGCAGGCUACUAAGAAGAACGAGGGGAGUCUGGCCUAUGUGAAAGGAGGCCUCAGUACGUUCUUUGAGGCCCAGGACGCUCUAGCAGCGAUCCACCAGAGACAGGAGUCUGAUGGCACAGAGAGAGUGGAGGGAUCAAUGACCCAACGACUGGAGAACAUCCUCAACAGAGCAAGUGAUACCGCAGACACUCUUUUCCAGGAGGUCUUGGGGCGGAAAGAUAAAGCUGACUCCACACGCAACGCGCUCAACGUGCUGCAGCGUUUCAAGUUCCUCUUCAACCUGCCACUCAACAUUGAACGCAAUAUCCAAAAGGGAGAUUAUGAUGUGGUGAUCAAUGACUAUGAGAAAGCCAAAUCUCUAUUUGGCAAUACUGAAGUCCCAGUUUUCAAAAAAGUGUAUGCUGAGGUUGAGACGAGGAUUGGAGCUCUGAGGAGUCUGUUGUUGGAGAAACUGCUGCAGACGCCAUCAACGCUGCAUGACCAGAAGCGAUACAUCAGGUACCUGUCUGACCUGCACGCUCCAGGUGACCCAGCGUGGCAGUGCAUCUAUGCUCAGCACAAGUGGAUCCUGCAGCUGAUGCAAAACUGCAGAGAUGAGAUCCUCAGUGGCCAGAGAGUGGGUGUCGGAGCUCUGGACCUGGAGGGGGAUACACGUCCACUUGCCCUCGGCAGGCUGAGCCACACUGCAUCUUUGAAGAGAGGGGGCAGCCUGCGAACACCACGACCCAGCACCUGGCGCUUUGAAACCCCACAGCAGGUGCAGUUUGUGGAGAAGCUUUCAGAUGUGGUGAUCGGUCAGCUGCCCAACUUCUGGAAGCUUUGGAUCUCUUAUGUUAACGGAAGUCUUUUUAGUGAGACCGGAGAGAAAUCUGGGCAGGUGGAAAAAUCCAAGAAGAAUGCCAGACAGAGACAGAACGACUUUAAAAAAAUGAUUGAGGAGCUCACCAAUCGGCUGGUGAAGCUUAUUCGGGGCGCUCUCCUCCCCACCACCCUGCCACAGGGGGAGCUGAAUCUUUAUGGUGGCUGGGAGAACAAGACCGAACUCACUGGAGCCUGGCUUACACAAAUCAUACACACUGUCAGGGGUUGUCACGAGGCCCUGUCCGCUAUGGAGAUCCCAAAUGAUUUGCUGCAGGUGAUCCAGGAUCUGCUGCUGGAGUUGAGAGUUCACUGUCUCAUGGUGACCCUGCUGCACACUACAGAAGAUGUGAAGAGGCUCGCUGAGAAAGAGGACUGGGUUGUAGACAAUGAGGGCAUCACCAGCCUGCCGUCACAGUUUGAACAGUGCGUGGUCCAGAUGCUGCAGUCACUCAAAGAGCCUCUGGAAAUCAAAACUGGGGAGAUUAAUGUGCUGCAGUUAGACCAGGUCCAGGAUCAGGCUGCAGAGCUCAGUGUGAGCAUCAUGAAGGUUUUCAUCAACUGCCUGGAGCAGCUGAGCACUAAGACAGACAUUAACACAUCACACAACAUCGCAGUGGACUUGUCCUCUCCGGAUCGGUUUGCCGGCAUUCUAGAGGGCUUCGGUCCGACAUCUGAGCAGCGUCUGCUCAUCAUCCUCAGUAACUGCCAGUACCUGGAGAGACGCACCUUCCUGAACCUGGCCGAUCACUUUGAGAAACACGGCUUCACAGGGACGGAGAAGAUCACACGGGUGAGCAUGGAAGCUGUGCGGGAGCUGGACAGAAACCUGUUUGAAGCGUACAUCGAGAGACGAGCCGACCCGAUCGCAGGCUCCCUGGAGCCCGGCAUCUACGCCGGAUACUUUGACUGGAGAGACUGCCAAACGCCAACAGGUGUGAGGAACUACCUGAAGGAAGCUUUGGUCAGCAUCAUCACGGUGCACGCUGAGGUCUUCACGGUCUCCAGGGAUCUGGUUCCUCGGGUUUUGUCUAAGAUUGUUGAGUCUGUUGCCGACGAGAUGUGUCGCCUGAUGCAGUGUGUGUCCUCCUUCAGCAAAAACGGAGCACUGCAGGCUCGUCUUGAACUCUGUGCUCUGAGAGAUGCCAUAGGCGCAUAUCUAAACUCUGAGAGCAAUGCCAGCUUCAAACUGGCUUUGGACGCUCUGCCUCAGUUACACAGUGGAGCCGAUAAGAAGUUACUGGAAGAGCUGCUGAACAAGUUUAAGAGCAGCAUGCAGCUGCAGCUGACCUGCUUCCAGCCCUCCUCCAUCCAGCCUGUGAAGAGAUGAACCUAGUCCACUCUCUAUACCACUGUGCUGUCUUUGUUUCUUAUCUAUGUGGAAUCGUCUAAUGAACUUUAACAGUAUCUUUUCUGUUAUCUCUUUGUUUACUCAUGACUUUUCAGUGUCACUUUCAAUUUCUGCUUCACUAGAUAAGAUAUAAAUGUCUGUUCAUCUAAUCUUGAAGACGCUAAAUGACUUGAUUUCAUUGUUACUGUGCAGGACAGUCCCAGUUAUGUUGGUUAUGCUAAUGAAUUAUGGCCGAAUCUAACAGGCACUGUGUAAGUGGCUAACCUGCUUGUUUCAGCAGUGGGAUGUGUCUGGUAACCAAACUGGAGUCUCCACUGUCUGAGCUCAGAGUGAAAUAUCUGUCCUGAUCACUUGGAGAAUGUGCUGAAGAUUUAAAAGUUGCUGUUGACGCUCUGUACCGUGCCAUUUCAGUCACCCAAUAAAGUGAUACUACCAGUUAAAAGUGA